AGGAGGGGGCGGGGAGGCGGCACGGGUGCUGUUUCUCCAGUCUCUUUCCCCUGUCUUUGUCUCACACUCUUUUGUUAGCCAUGCCUAGCCUGCUGGUUCUAGCAGGGAUCAUGGAGAAAAAUGGGGGCUACGGCGGGGAUCUAGCCGGCUCCAGCUUCGGAAGCGAAGGUCUUCUAGUGCCUCCCGACGACGAAGAAGACGACUCCCGUGCCCUGAGAGUCGCGCUGGGCCAGCUGUCUCUACUGGGGCUUGGUGAAGGCGAGAACGGCGGCGGGGCUCCUGGAACGGGAGUACAGGAUCGGAGUAACAAUAACAAUAACCAUCACAACCACACCAAUAAUAUUGGCGGAGGUGGCGGGGACACUGGGCUUUUACAAGGGAAGAGCAAGUUAUGUGUCCUGUACGAAGGUUCAAGUGAGACGAAAGGACGAGGCUGCAACAUAACAGAAUGCGUCCCCGUGCCCAGCUCUGAACAUGUGGCCGAAAUAGUGGGGAGACAAGGUUGCAAGAUCAAAGCCUUGCGGGCCAAGACCAACACCUACAUCAAGACGCCGGUGAGGGGCGAGGAGCCUGUGUUUCUCAUCACAGGUCGGAAGGAGGACGUGGCCCUGGCCCGCCGCGAGAUCAUCUCUGCCGCCGAGCACUUCUCCAUGCUCAGAGCAUCCCGCAACAAGCUGGGCGUGUCCUUCAGCGGUUCCCCGCCAACGCCCCUCCCAGGCCAGACCACCAUCCAGGUGAGGGUGCCGUACCGCGUGGUGGGCCUGGUGGUGGGGCCCAAGGGUUCCACCAUCAAACGGAUCCAGCAGCAGACCUGCACCUACAUCGUCACUCCCAGCCGAGACCGGGACCCCGUCUUCGAGAUCACGGGAUCGCCCGGCAACGCCGAGAGGGCGCGCGAGGAGAUAGAAGCCCACAUCGCGUUUCGAACGGGAGGCCUACACGACCACAACAACGAGAACGACUGCCUGGGGCCGGAUGGCGGCAGCCCAGCAGGCUCAGGGGGUCUGGAAAGCCGUCUGCAGCAGGUGUGGGGGCUGCAGGGGGGCCAGCGCAAGCCCUUGACCAGCAGCUACCGCCAGAACUUCUCAGACACCAUGGUUGGAGGAGGGGAAGGAGGAGGAGGGAUUUACAGCAAGGGAAACUUCAACAGCCCUGGGGAGAAGCCUUGCUCCUACUUCGGCUCAGAGGGCACCCAAGGUUGGGGGGACCCAGAUUACCCCAAACAGGUGGCUUUCUACGCCCAGCAGCGCUCCAAGAGCUUUGGAGGCCUGCCUCUGCCCAGACUCUCUCCCGGCCUUCCUGAGCCCUGUGGAGGGAACACCGGUAACAACUCGGUCACCAGCAUCACGGCGGUGGCUGGCUCGCCUCACGCCCAGGCCCGCCGUGCCCACAGCGAGCCAACUUCGGGCGUGGGCUUCCCCGGAUGUCUCCCUGUGCCGGACUCGCCGCCGGCCACCCUCCGGGACUGCAUGACCUGCUUCGAGAGCAAAGUGACGGCCGCCCUGGUGCCCUGCGGCCACAAUCUCUUCUGCAUGGAGUGUGCCAUCCGCAUCUGCGAGCUCAACCACCCGGAGUGUCCGGUGUGCCACACCCUAGUCUCACAGGCAAUCCGAAUAUUCUCCUAAAAAACACCACGUCAGUUUUCUCAUUAGUUUCAUCAGUGUUUGUUAGACAAUUAUUUACUAUUAUUAUUAUUAUGAUUUUUAUUAUUAUACAUACUUUUCUUUCCUCUGAAAAAUUUCAAACAAACAAGCAGAUAUUUUA